GGCCAAGAAAUCAUCUGCCCAAAAAUCAUUUUGAAAAAGCACGUGCUAUAUAUGUUGAUCAGGGUGAUGACAUAACAUUUGGCAAGGCAUUGAAGAAUGCAAGACACUUGCGCAGUAUCAUUGUGAAAUAUAUGUGUACAGAAGCAUUACCCAUUGCCACGCUUCAAGUAAAAAAAUUGAAAUAUCUUGAGAUGUCAGGACUACAAUGCUCUGCACUUCCAAAGGCUAUUUCAAAUGUUUGGAGCCUUCAAGCGCUUCAUGUACCAUAUAGUCAUAUUGUCAGUUUGCCUGAAUCCAUUGGUAGGCUGCAGAAGUUAAGGACACUAAACUUGUCAUUCUGUCGAAGGCUAGAGAGUUUACCAAAUUCUAUUGGUGAUUGCCACAUGAUUUCAAGCAUUGAUCUUUUCAAUUGCAGAAGCCUUACAGUGUUGCCAAAAUCUAUCGGCAGAAAUAAAAAGCUAAGAGUGUUGAGACUAGGUAACACCAGAAUUUGGAGGCUACCAUCAAGUAUCACAACACUAGAAAAUCUAGAGUGCUUGGACCUUCGGCUUUGUUCGGAGCUAGUAGAGCUGCCUGAACACAUCGAGAACUUGAAGAAGCUUGAAGUUUUGAACAUAGAAGGAUGUGAAAGUUUGAGAGCCAUGCCAGUUGGCAUCGGACAGCUCCCUCGACUUCAAAAUAUGAGUUUAUUUGUUGUGGGCGAGGGUAAGAAAUCUGCACGAAUAUCAGAACUUAGAAAUGUAGCUAGGAAUAGUGGGAACCUAACUAUCAAAGUUGCUGCAAGUGUGACAGAUCCAGAUGAUGCACAUCAGGGAUGCUUGAAACAAAAGACAAACUUACAGAGCCUGGUCCUAAAUUGGGAGAGGAAGAACUACCUGGACAAUGCGAACACUGCAUUGGAGCAAGCUGUACUUGAUGGUCUGGAACCUCCAUCAGGGAUUAAAUGCCUAACAAUUUGGGGGUAUGCAGGUGGGAAAUAUGCACGGUGGAUGCUGAAGCAAGCUGGUGGUGGAGCACAGGGGGCUCCUCAAUUCACAUGUUUGACGGUGAUGAGGCUAUCGUUUUUAGAAAACAUAAAGCAUCUGGAGGGGCUUGUCGAGUUGCCUUGUUUGGAGGAGCUUGAUCUGCUAAAUAUGCGCUCUCUUGAGAGCAUAAGCGGAGGCCCAUUUCCUUCGCUUGUGAAGUUAAGUAUGUAUGAACUGGAUCGCUUGAGAGAGGUGUGGAUGGUAACAGAAGAGAGGACCUUGGCUGGUUGGGAGGAGGGAGGAGGCUGCAGCAACCACUCGGGACGAUUGCAAAUUGGUAGUCGUCUAUCACAUUUAAGCAUAUGGCAGUGCCCUGAAUUGAUAGUGAAGCCAUACUUACCGUCUUCACUGGAGUACUUGGAGUUGUACGGUAGCAGCGAACAACAGCUAUCGUUAGGCCAAGGGUCCUCUUGUUCCUCCACUUUUCAACCCUGUUUUAGUUUUAGCCACCUGAAGGAGCUUCGGCUAGGGAACUUGACAGAACUAUCAUCAGCAUCGCCAUCAAAAUUAGGAUCUGGACAUGGGUGGGACCUGCUGCAACACAUGAUGGCACUUGAGUCCUUGGAGAUUGAGUCCUGCGAUGGCCUAACAGAGCUGCCAGAGAGCAUGCGGAGCCUCACGUCCCUCCAAUCUCUGAGUAUUGAGGGAUGCUCUCAACUUCGCAUGCUGCCCGAGUGGCUAGGGGAACUCCGGUCUCUGCAAGAGAUGAAUAUCUCAAAGUGCAAUAGCCUGAGCAGUCUUCCCCAAUCAAUGGGUCAUCUCACCUCCCUCCGAUCUCUGAGUAUUGAGGAAUGCUCUAAACUCCGGUCGCUAGGGGAACUCCGGUCUCUGCAAGAGAUGGUCAUCCGGUCCCGCUGUCGCCUGAGCAGCCUUCCCCAGUCAACGUGUCAUCUCACCUCCCUCCAGGAGCUGCGAAUAGAACGUUGUGAUGCACUUCACCAGUUGCCAGAAUGGCUGGGUGAGCUCCGCUCUCUACGCGAAUUCCGCAUUGACCAUUUGCCAGGCCUGACUUGCCUUCCCCAAUUCAUGUGCCGCCUCAGCUCCCUUGAAAAGCUUCGCAUCUCGAACUGCGCUGGCAUCAAAUCCUUGCCGGAGUGGAUAAAAGGCCUCACCGCUCUGCAAACCUUGUGGAUCUAUCACUGCCCUGAUCUGCAGAGGCGCUGCGAGAGAGGAAAGGGAGAGGACUGGCACCUCAUCUCCCACAUCCCUUAUCGAUGGAUUGGGUAAGCAAUCCUUGUGGAUCCUUAACUGCCUUGAUCUGGCGAGGCGCUGCGAGAGAGGAAAGGGAGAGGACUGGCACCUUAUCUCCCACAUCCCUGAUCUGCAGAUCUUAAGACACGGGCCCCCGCCAAUUUUAUCUGGCAAGUUUAUUUGGACUGAUUGAUGCUGAGAAUUUUGAGGUAAUAUACAUUCGUAAAGGGACAUGCUGCCAACGCCAUUGUUGUUAUUUAUUAAGCCCGCAUAUCAACAACGUCAACUGCUUGCUAGCAAACGAAGCACAUUUCAAGAAGAAAUGGAAAACCAAUCAAAAGGAAGAAAGUUCAUAUGGUGAACGCCUGUACCUGAUGCUGUGUGCUUUGAGAUGCUAUUCAAGUGUUCUUUGUUAGGCACAAGCAGUUAUCUUCAGAAAUGUCGUUAAUACUAUAUGAAUACAGCUGCGAUAAUGCAACUCAAAGGUGCAUGCUUAGAGCUGAAAAUUAAAUCUACAAUCUAUUAAAUGUUGUCCGCCUGGUCCAGGCUUUCAUGCUCAUUGCAAAUGUCUGGGCUGUCAAGAGGCAGAUAGUAGAUAUCAUUUUACUAUGUGCUAUUCCAAUGCUACAAGGCAAGUCAAGAAUGCACUACCACUCACUACUUAUCCUGGUUUUACCGAAGCGAGCUGCUGAAAAUUUUCUUUACCACCUGAUACCACGAAGAAAAUCGCUGAAUUUGCCAUGUUAUAUUCGGUGGACCAUUGGAAUGUAUCAAGUGCACAACGUCCCUAUGUUACCAGAUUCAACUCAUUCCUUGGAUUCUUCUUCUCAGAACAAUGUUUAUCACUUAUCAUGAAAGUUGUGAUUUCAGAACAAACUACGUCAUUGCAUUAUGAUUUUCACAGUUCCACGAAAUGAUACAUCAUAGUUACCUUGUGCAUCUUUUUCACUCUAUAAUGUAUAAGAUUAUUGAUGCUCACCAAAGAUGAGUAGGCUGCCGGGGUCAAUGGACACGGCGAAGCCAGGGACGAGUCGCCGCUAGUUGAUGUCCAGGUCCGUCACCACCAAACUGCAUCAGAUUAUGCGCCCAGGAAAUGUCUGAUAAGAUUACCGAGCAAGUUUUUUUUUUUAUCGUGGUUCCUGAAUUUGCCAGAGCAUUCCACCCCAUUCCAUUCCUGAAUUUGUAAGCUAUCGGACUUGCAAGAAUUAACCUGGACAGCGCGGAUUUUGGAUGAAACGGUACGACUAGUUUGCGCAUAAAA